AUGGUGGAAACUAGGGCACAGGCAAAGCUAAAAAACAAAACAGUCGAAAUGACUUCCGAGGCUCCUGAGUCCACCUCACCAAUCACUAUCACCGAGACCGAACACGCAGUCAGAAUCUCGGCCAGCGUUCCCAUAACGACAGAUCGUGCGGCCGAGUCCAUGCAAGAGCAAGCAGUAGUGGAGGGUCUGAUGGCUAAGCAGGCCUACAGGAUAGAGACAUCCUUUAUGACCGCAGUGGACAUACUCUCCUCAGAGCUACGGACGCUCUUUCAGGAGAGGAUGCCGGUAACGUCGUCCGCGACGCCUCCCAGAGCCGGACAGAGAAGCCAAGAGCGCGAGAGGUUUGAGCCCUACGGCGAAAGCAGCAGCCUCGGCCCCUCUGGCCGCAUCCAAGCGUCAGGCUACAACCAGCAUUCUCAACCGCCGACAAAUAGCUGGGGGCAAUCCCAACCAACAUGGGUAAAUCCCGGACCGACCUACCCAGCAGAAACAGAGUACGGCCCACUGGGGCAAAGCAGCCCCACGCAUUCCGCGGUCCAGCAACUCGGACUAGUUCACACCGUGGCAGUCCAGACCCAUCCUAGACCAAGCAACGCGACCACUGCCUCGUCAUAG